CCGUCACUUCACUGUGCUAGAGCAGACAGUGACUCGCAGCCAUGCCUGAGCCAGCCAAGUCCGCCCCCGCGCCCAAGAAGGGCUCCAAGAAGGCGGUGACCAAGACUCAGAAGAAGGGCGACAAGAAGCGUAAGAAGAGCCGCAAGGAGAGCUACUCCAUCUACGUGUACAAGGUGCUGAAGCAGGUGCACCCCGACACGGGCAUCUCGUCCAAGGCCAUGGGCAUCAUGAACUCCUUCGUCAACGACAUCUUCGAGCGCAUCGCCGGCGAGGCGUCGCGCCUGGCGCACUACAACAAGCGCUCCACCAUCACGUCGCGGAGAUCCAGACGGCCGUGCGGCUGCUGCUGCCCGGCGAGCUGGCCAAGCACGCCGUGUCCGAGGGCACCAAGGCUGUCACCAAGUACACCAGCUCCAAGUAGGGCGUCUCGGACCGUCACUCUCAACCCAAAGGCUCUUUUAAGAGCCACCAAUUCUUUCAAGUAAAAGGGCUGAAUCAGUUUUUUUGUUGGGGAGGUAUGUAAAAAGGUUAAUUGCACGUUAAUUAGCCAAGCGGGUGGUCUUCUCUAGCAAGUAAAACUUCGUCUUGCUAAUGCCUGGUGUAUGAGCUUCCUUGUAGGAAUCCUGUAAUCUGGUUCCGUUUUAAAAGGGUCUUGAUUGCAGCACCAACUUGUGCAGGUACAAGUUCUGUGGGGAAUUUAAAAUCAAGUUUUCUAAGGGUUAAAUGCUUUUUAUUUGGGAGACCCAACACUUUCAGUGCACUACGGCA